AUGACUGUCCUUGAGGGUCAGCAGAAAGUUCCAAGUGGCCUGCGCAAUGUGGCAGAAUUGAUCUUGUCGUCCGCUUUAGCCCAUGACAACUGCUGUGCUGCCUGCUGGCGUUUGCUGCAGCUGAUGGCUCUGCAGGCCUGGCUAACUCCAGAUCAACAUCCAGAUUCUCCAUGCGGAUUAAUGCAUGUGGGAGCCACCUCUGCCUUCCUGCAGGAGAAAUUAGCGCUGAGGAGUAUCAGGGGCAGGAAUCUCGAGGACCAUAUUUCUUGGGAUUUUUCUGACCCUCAGUUCCACCUUCCCCAGUUCUGGUGCUGCUGCAAGUGCUCCCAACUGCCUCCUUCUCCUGAUCAUCCUUAG